UCGAGUAGCUUGGUUAGCAACAAAGAUGGCGGAUGAUAUGGUUUGUUUUUCUGGCAGUUCGGCUGAAGAAAUCGAACUUGCGAAACGAUUUUGGCAGUCGAUUUACCCGCCUGUGAAACCAAAAUCAGCCUUGGUAGUUAAGGAAAUUGAUCAACGCCUCCGCACGGCGCCAAAGCCGCAAAAUGAUGCCAACUACGCCCACAAGAGUGUUAAAGAACUCGAGACAACUGAAAAUGAUUUAGCUCUCGAUCAAUUUAGACAAGAUGCAGAAAAACGAAGAAUUAUAGAAGAGCAAGAAUAUAAAGAGAGAAUAAGUGAUUUUCGAAAAGAAUCCCAGAAUCUCAUUCAAAAAAGAAGAAAAGAAAGAAUUAAGAAAGAAGAAAUUUCCAGCAGGGUACUCCAUCAGACACAUGAACAUUUUAUGGACUUUUCUGAUUCAGAAGAAGAAGAAGAAGAUGCUAGGAAUGCUAUGGAUGACAUUGAAAAAUUCGAAGCAAAACUCAGGCAGCAAGAAAAGCUAAAACCAAGUUGAUGUCUUUUCUUAUUAUUAUGUACAUAAAAAUUGAACUUAUAAAUUAAUAUACAAAUGUACAAUGUUUAAAAGUAACAUUGUGUGUUUUCCUCAUAUGAAAAGAAUAAUCAUAGAAUAAUUUCAUAUUUGCACACA